AACCGCAAGGGAAAUGUCAACCAGCACGUUUGCAACCUCGGCCCGCGCGCUCCAGCACAUCAUUUCAACAGCCGGUGCCUCCCGCAGAGCGGCCACGAGCCCUCGCCGUCCGUCGUCUCUAGGCUUCGCCGGCCGAGGAGGCGCGCUGCUGCAGGUUCCGAGCGUCCUUAUUAGGUCCUCCCGCUGCAAGCUGGACGUCUCCGCGGCGGCCGUCUACAUGUUGAAGCUGGUGACCCCGGGAGGGCGGGAGUACGAGCUCGAGGCGCCGGACGACGCCUACAUCCUCGACACGGCCGAGAGCGCCGGCGUGGAGCUGCCGUGCGCGUGCCGCGCCGGGGCGUGCUACAAAUGCGCCGGCAAGGUUGAGGCCGGCACGGUCCACCGGGCGGACGGCUCGCUCCUCCACGGCAGGCUGCAGGAGGAAGGCUACGUGCUCAUCUGCGUGUCGUGCCCCAGGUCCGACUGCGUCAUACAUACCCACAAGGAGGACGACCUUUGGUGACAGCCACUGGCGAUAGAUUGUUAGGCUCCAUCUUUGGUGCUUGAACCAGCAAAAUAAAUCUAAUCUAAUCUCUACCUCUCUACCUACUAAUAAACCAGCGAUUGCUUCUGGUCGUCCGUGAUCGGGCUUUUUUGCAAAACAGUACCCCCGUUUCUGAUAAAUUGACCCGCAGUCCUACUUAAAGUGUGGAUAACGUUUCGUUUUUUUGCAAAAAAAACCCUGCCACCACAGCCCGUACGAGAACACAAGGGUUACCUCCGCCGCCGCGCCCCAUCCCUCCACCGCCGCGCCCCCGUCCCUCUGCUCGGCGCCGCGCGCCCCAUCCCUAUGCUAGCCGCCUCGACCCAUCCCUCCACCGCCGCGCCCCCGUCCAUCCUCUCCUCGGUGCCCGUCCUCGCUCCACCGUUGCCGAAUCUGGACGAGAUCGGGAGAAUCCGCCGGAUCUCGCGGAGCUGCUCGUUGUCCAUGCGGGGAGGACGAACGAGCUGCUCGUCGGACAUGCACGGAGCACGGACGAGCUGCUCAUCGGCGUCCGUCCCACAGCCCCGCUGAAGACGGCGCCCAGCCCCCUCGACAACGCACUCCUCCUACUUGCCGCCCGGGUGCAAACAGCGACGGCGAGUAGGCGGCAAGUAUACUGCACCGAGAAGCGAUACAGGGGCAUGAAGCAAGCGAGUAGGAAUGCGCGGCGACCUGCUACUGCACUAAUAGUAGCCUUGACGGAGUACCGGGGCCAGCUCGACAGGGCAUGCCGCCCGCUGGUAGACACUUGGUUGUGUGAGAUGGAGAUGAACCCCGGGUCGUCACCUCUGCCGCCUGGACAAAGCUCCACCGGUGCUGGGGAUGAACCCUGCGUCUGUGAUGGUGAUGACGCUCUCCAUCUACUUUCUCCAGUGGCUAUAAAACAGAGCAGCGGCUGAAAUUUACCCAUUGAUUUCUUGGAGUGAUUCAAACCUAGGAAGCCUGCUACUUGUGCAAGCGACAGGGUAACAAGUUUCAGUUUUCUUAUUGAUGCACCUCAAUUUGCAAGGUUAGAACAAUGUCAGUUUACUUUAUAUUGGUUUUUUAAUUUCUACACCCUUAAGCAAAUCUAAUUAUAUAGGUAGUACGGAAAGCAGGAAAAUUAUGUAACUAUUUGGGUGUACUCAUGUCAGAUUGAGGAGAAAGAAUUAUUUUAUUCACCAUCCUAUUUUUUAUCUAUAAUGAUGAUCACCUUUUCCAUCUUGUGAUCUUCUUUGUGCCAGUUGUGCGAAUACUUUGUUUGCACCUUAGUGGGACUGAAAUUUUCCUGAUACCAUGAGUCAUGGUAGUAGGCUGCUACGGCAAAAAACUGGUAAGCCCCCUAAGGGAAGAAAUUUGAAGAAAGUCUCAUCCUGCUUACCAUGUUUCAUCUUAAAAUUUUGGCUUGAUUUUUUUUCUGUGUAACCUAUAUCUCUGCAUGGUUACUUUCUCUAGACAUGCUUUAGCUGCAGCAUUGGUCAAGUGGCUUGAACACAACUCACAUGAGUCAUUGCCAAAUGGCCCUUUUCUGAAAUUCAUUCUCUUAUGCACUGAGAGAGGAGUUACACCAUGACAGUAUGUAUACAUACAGAUGCAAACUCAUGCAGAUGAUGACUGAAGAAUUUUUCAUGAAUUUUCCAACCUGAAUUGGCUACAGAGGUUGGGAAAAGAGGAGUCCAGGCUCUAAUGAACACAGGUUCUUUCGCAGGUGACUAACAGUUGGCACCUCUAUCUUUACAUUACAUUAGGCCAGCGUUACAAAGCCUAUAUAUGCCUCUGCCUACCUGCUCAAUGGACGAUCCGAUCACAAAAAAAUGAAUAAAAAUACUCAUCAGUUUGUCAAAAUACAUGUUAGUUAUCUUAGGAACGAGUAUAGCUAUCACCAGAGUACAUGCAGAUAUUUCAAUUUUUCUAUGAAGCAAACUUAUGUUAUGAUUAUCACAUUUCGAUCUUGGAGUAAUGAUUGACAAAACUAGAUGGUUACUGCAGUCUGCACCAGUCCAGUAUUUCUUAUUACAAGUUUGAGCUCCAUAGGGAUAAUCUGAUUAGUGUAUCACAAGCUUGCUGUUUCUAAUUGUGCAAAUUCUGUAGUUAUUUUAGUGUUUUGCAGAAUGCAUAGAUUUUCCAUAACAGAAAGAAGUGGAUGUAUAACCUGAUUUGGCUUUAUUAUUUGGUGCCAGUUGGCUUUGGAAAUCCCAGUUUCUUCAGUAUUGUAACUCUCUGUCAAAUCGUCAAAUUAAACUGAUCUUUCUAUUUGGACAACUUGUAAUUUGUAAUAUUAUGAUUUUCCUUUUUAGAAACCAAUUCAACUAGACCAGGACUAUGUUUAUUUGUCCUCCAGUGUUUGUUGGAAUGAGAUGACACAUGGUAUGCCAGCUAACAAGCAACUGAAGCAAGACGAUUUUGUAAUUUCUUGGAAAGAAUGAGCCCCUGAACCCAGGAUGGCGAAGGAUCCAAUGUGUCAGGACCAGUGAGGGAAUUGCAGAGCUUCAUAUUCAGUUUAUUUUAGGUCCUUGCCUACUUCAAGUGCCUAGAUUACAGGAAACAUGUUUCUUCAAGUGUCUACUUCAAGUAAGUUUCUUAUAGAAGUAGUCAGUUUGAUUCCUUCAAAAUAGUUGUUGCCUGAUAAUUUGUGUAUGACUAGAUAGUAGUACCUCAAAUUUGCUUCAGCUUCUUAAAACAGAGUAAUUUUGUAAAUCCUAACAGAACUCUAUCAGUCUGAACCAAUUUCUUGUAAAUCUGCAAUACAACAUAGCCUCAUCUGAUCCAAUCAUUGGUUUCAGAUCAAUACAUCCUUGUGCAUUCCUAUAAGAUCAAUAAAAUUCAGUUUGAUUGUGUCAAAAACUUGCUGCUUGACAAUCUAUAUGACUAGAUAGCAAUACCUUAAAAUUGCUUUUGGUUUUAAACUGAACUGAACUCAGUUGGGGCUGAACUGAACUCAGUUUGGUUCUACAAAAUAUAGGGUUGUAUUCAUUCUAUAAAAACUGAACUGAAGCUAAACGUUUGGUGGGCAAAAUAAUUUGAUGGACUGUAGUUUCUUUGAAUUUUUUUGUUAACUCUAAACUGGACUCAACUCAGUUUGAUUCUGUAAAAAAGAUUGUGACAGACUUAUAUAUAUGCAGCAGUCUUUCACCAACACUCAAAUUAGAUGGGCAUGAUAUUUAAAAGAAAUCGACAUACUGUAGUUUAUGAGAAUUUGGCAAGAAACUCGGAACCGAUGGACUUGACUUGUGAAAAAAUGUAAUCAAUGGACGACUACAGUUUAUAUCAAACACAGAAUCGAUGGACUUUCGCAAUGCAGGCUUGCCCUUACCAUUUACCAGGUGGCGACUUGCCGGAGGAGCCGGUGGUGCUGCUGCGACCUUCUCCGGGCGAUGGUCAAUGAUGCAAGCUAAAACCGGGGAUGGGAUAGCGGCUCCGGGCGACAAUCAGAGGCGAGGCAGCGCUGCAGACCGAGGGCAAAGUGCUGCACCAGGGCGACGGCGCGGGGCGAGGAAGAAGCGGCGGAUGGGGCUGCGCAUAGGGGAGUUGGGGCGACGGCUCGGUUCAGCGCACGGGAUCGUAUUAACUCUGUUUUCUCCUAGGUACCUGCGCUGGUAUAGUUUCUCCGUGGGGUUACCAAACGAUUCUCUCUCCUCCUUGAUUAAGAUGUUACAUCAGUUUUCUGCUUACAUGGCAGGCUUAGCAUCCGUCCAGGGUGGAGCACUGGGAGCAGCCUUAUAGAAGUAAUGCAAUAUAUUCUCUCUUAUGCCUACUUGAAAUACUGUUGUGGGUUUGUACUUUGCCUCUCAUAUUGCAAGGAUAACACAUUGUAUGCCAAUUCUCUUAACUGUAGUAAGGAUGAAGCAGGAAAGUGUGCUGGACCUUCUAACAUGAAUAUUGUACAUGUACGAGCUACGAGCCACUAUUUUUUAUCA